GGACAUUUCCUCACUGAUAGAAACGUCAAGAUAUUGCAAUUUCACUUCAGAAUUUCCGCUUUUACAAAAGUGCAUUUAUCGCUAAAAUAGGCCAAAAUUGUCACUAAAACCACUUGUAAAACAUUUCAGAACAUUCUUAAAAUUAGCUAGAGUUAAAAUUGUCCAUCUACCGUAAUAUUCUAUCUGUGAACAGAAGCCAAAAACAGGGAGUGUGCGAUUUAUAUCAAAAAGAUGCAAUUCUAGCAGAGAAUCCCUAAAUUCACGACAAAUGGCAACAUACGGAUGGGGAAGUACGGCAAAUGGAGAGCUGGGGCUAGGUGGAAUCGAAGAGGACAUAAUCCUAACGCCAAGGGAGAUUCACUGGUUGGAGGGAGCAGAAUUGGAUCAGGCAGCGUGUGGGACAUCCCAUACGCUCCUUCUGACAAAACAGGGAAAGGUUUAUUCAUGCGGAAGCAAUGAUUUUGGUCAACUGGGACACGAUCAUCCUUCCCGGAAAAGGCCACGUAUGUCGUGCUUUAAAUUUAUCAGUUCCCUGGAGAACUAUACAAUCACCCAAGUCUCUAGCGGAGCCACUCACUCCAUGGCCCUCAAUGAGUGGGGUCAGGUGUUUACAUGGGGAUCAGAUACUCAUGGACAAUUGGGCAAUGAGCUCCUGGGAGCCAUUCAGGCCACUCCGCGAAUUGUCCGUAGCCUGAGUACGAAACAUGUGGUACAGAUCGUCUGUGGGCACUUUCACUGCUUAGCCCUUACGAAUAGCGGCGAAAUAUUUGCCUGGGGUGCCAAUAAUUUUGGUCAGUUGGGCCUUGGACCUGGCACAGAGAAGGUUUCCAAGCCAGCACUGGUGGAAGCUCUGAGUGGCAUCCCAAUUGCCUUUAUCUGCUGCGGCAGCAAUCACAGCUUCGCAGUGUCGACUUCGGGGGCAGUUUUUGCGUGGGGAAAGAACAAUUUUGGCCAAUUGGGUCUCAAUGAUGACUCCCAUCAUGCCUAUCCUCAGCAGAUCCGUGGCCUGAGAAGCCUAGGAGUGCGUCAUAUUGCCUGUGGGGAUGACUUCUCGGUCUUCCUCACGGCCGAUGGACGAGUGUUUACGUGUGGACUGGGCACGAAUGGGCAAUUAGGGCAUGGAGUCAAUAACAACGAGAUUACGCCCAGAAUGGUGCUUGAACUGGCCGGCAGUACAAUUACCCAAGUGUCCUGUGGCAGGAAACAUACGCUGGCUUUUGUGCCGUCCAGAGGGAGAGUUUAUGGCUUUGGGCUAGGGCACUCUGGUCAGUUGGGUAUGUCGAAACCUAGAAAUGUUUCAAUUCCACAAGUUGUCAUUGGACCCUGGAUAUCUCCAAGUGGACUGAUGGAGGAUGAGGGAGGUAUUGGAGGACCUAGCAUGAAAGUCAGGAGGAUCUUUUCCGGUGGGGACCAUUGCAUCGUGUCUGCAGUAGAGAAAUUCAGCAACAUCCCAUCUUAUGAUUCACGCAUUUAUGACGCAAAAACUCAAAUUUGCCAACUCUCGCUCGAAUUGGCAAGUUCAUUUAGUGAUUUACCAAAAGACAGCAACGUUGAUCUGGAUGUUAUAUCAACAUUAGAAGUGAUAUUCAAGAAUCAAGCUUGCCUUAAUGCUUCAUUCCUUAAAGAAACCGAAGAACAUACACCGUGCACGUCCAAAAAUCAUGGUGUAGAUGUAGCAAUAGCUGAGAAUGCCUUUGAGUAUAUACGCAAAGUUGAGAAUGAGAGCAUAAAGAAUUUGAUUUGGGAGUCAAUUACCACGGAUUUGAUACAGAGUCUAAAAUCUAAACCACCGGAUGUGGAAACCUUGCGUAUUUACUUGGUUCUCCCACUCUAUCAUGAGUUUAUCAACUCAAAAAAUUACCAAAAACUCCAUACGCCCUUCAGUCAGGCUGUUCUGCGUUUGCCGCAGUGUCCAGCCAGGAUUGUUCACAAAUGGUGGUCAGAACAGUCAGUUGAGUACUUUGAGCGAUUGAUUGAGUGCUUCAAGGGCGUCGUGACGUACAUUGUGAACUUUCAGUAUCGCCAGGAUGCCAGUAGUCGCCUGGUGAUUGGGUAUGAGAAGAAUCUCCAUAUGGCUCUCAAUUUGAUGCUCAAUCUCUUUGUGUCAAAUCAUAAAUAUCGCACUGAAAAGGUGCCCUGCGAUGUGUUCUAUGUGAAUGAACUACACGAAACUGUUGAUAUUCAGAAGGACUACUUGAUGUGGCUACACGAUAAGGAUUCUACCUCUUUCCAUCUCUGUUCCUAUCCAUUCAUUUUUGAUGUGGCCGCCAAGACGCUUCUGUUGGAGACGGAUCAAAGAAUCCAGAUGCACAAUGCAAUGCAGAGUGCCACUACUGAUAUUUUCAUGCAAAUGAUGGCAGGGGCACCACAAUCUCUGAAUCCAUUCAUGACACUCAAUGUUACCCGGAAUAAUCUCGUUCAGGACACUAUCGACGAAUUGAGUCGUUACAAUGCGAAUGAAUUCAAGAGACCUCUACGGAUAAAGUUCCGUGGAGAGGAAGCUGAGGAUGCUGGUGGGGUGCAGAAAGAAUUCUUUAUGCUGUUGCUCAAGGAGAUUUUGGAUCCAAAGUAUGGUAUGUUUAAGGAGUACGAGGAUUCGAGGUACAUUUGGUUCUCCAAUGCAUCCUUUGAGAGUGUCAAUAUGUACACACUUAUUGGGAUUCUCUGUGGUCUGGCCAUUUACAAUUUCACUAUUAUUGACUUACCCUUCCCGUUGGGGCUGUACAAGAAGAUUCUCAGGGAGGUUGUAGAUUUGUCUGAUUUGAAGGAUCUGAGUCCAACGGUGGCUGCUUCAAUGGAGGAGAUGCUGGCUUAUGAAGGAGCGGAUUUUGAGGAUGUUUUUCUAGUGACAUUCUCAAUUACUGAGGAGAUUUUUGGGGAGCAGCGAACGGUUGAUUUGAAGCCCAAUGGACGGAAUAUUAUGGUGACGCAAGAGACAAAACAGGAAUUUGUUGAUCUCUACAUUGACUAUGUCUUUAGUGAGAGUGUCAAGAUGCAUUUUGAGGGAUUUGAUAUGGGAUUUCAGAAAGUUUGUGGAGGUAGAAUUUUAGGAUUGUUUACGUCACGCGAACUGAUGGCAAUGGUUGUGGGCAAUGAGAAUUACGAUUGGUUUGCAUUGCAAGAGACGGCAGAAUAUAGGAAUGGAUAUUCGUCUAGUGAUCAAACGGUUCAGUGGUUCUGGGAGGUGUUUCAUGAGCUCAGUCUCAAUGACAAGAAGAACUUUUUGCUCUAUCUCACUGGAUCUAGUCGUGUACCAAUUCAAGGCAUGAAAGCCAUUAAAAUCUACAUUCAACCAACACCUGAUGAUCGUUUUCUGCCCGUGGCUCAUACGUGCUUCAAUUUGUUGGAUUUACCGAAGUACAAGACCAAGGAGAAACUGAAAUACAAACUCCUGCAGGCCAUUCAACAGACUCAGGGCUUCAGUUUGGUCUGAAGACAACGGGACGAUGUAGGUAACUAUUACCAUUUUGUGCAGAAUGAAGAUUUGCUAAGAUGAUAUUCACUGACAAAUAACUGAACAAAUUAAAGAAUUAUUUUCAUGGAG